UCUCUAAAUCCCCAAACUCGCCUCCACUUGUCACUCCCGAUCGGCCCCCCCGCAGCGAUGGCUUCCUCGUCCUCUCUUCACGCAGCACCGGCGGCCGCGCCACAGGUCUACGCGGCCGCCGCCUCCGCCUCCUCAUCCUCUUCUCGCCGCCGCCCGACAGCGGUCUCCUUCCAUCUGCCUUCGAAGUCUAAGAAGCCUCUCCUUGUCCCCGCCAAGGGAUUGGGGCUUUACAGAGACCGUUCUGCCAUCGCAAAGGCCCAAUUGAAUGAGGUUGCUGGAGGACCUGCCAAUGAUGCUGCAACUUCUAAGACCAAAGCAGAAGCUUUAGGACCCAAAGGGCAGGAUGCGGAAGCAGGAAAGCCAUCCCUGCCAUCAGCUCCACUAUCCGAGGAGGCGAUAUCUGAGUUUAUGACUCAAGUUGCAAACAUCGUAAAGCUUGUUGAUUCAAGAGACAUUGUUGAAUUGCAGCUGAAGCAAAAUGAUUGUGAACUUAUCAUUCGCAAGAAGGAGGCUUUUCCUCAGCCUCCAGCACCAGCCCCAAUUGUCAUGCAAGCCCCUGCUGCUCCUGCUUAUAUUCCAUCAGAAGUUCCACCACCACCUGCUGCCCGUGCCCUCCCAUCACCUGCCGCUGCUUCAUCUGCCCCUAAGGCUUCCAAGUCAUCUCAUCCUCCUCUCAAGAGUCCUAUGGCAGGGACAUUAUACCGAAGCCCUGGUCCUGGCUUGCCCCCUUUCGUUAAGCCCGGCGACAAAGUCAACAAGGGACAAAUACUGUGUAUCAUUGAAGCUAUGAAGCUGAUGAAUGAAAUUGAAGCUGAUCAUGCUGGAACAGUAGUUGAAAUAUUGGUAGAAGAUGGCAAACCUGUGGGCAUAGACCAGCCAAUUUUCAUCAUCGAACCUUAAGAGGUCCCUGCAAGGUGAUGGAAGGCCCAAAUUCUGAUUCCUUUUGCUUUUAGUUUCUGCGGAGUCUAGUGGAAGCUAACUUUGCGAGCGAAUUAGUUGAUGAUAAAUUGGUGUGAGUAUUCAAGUUAAUAUUUAGUCACAAAAAGAUGUCUCUUUCCUCUGAGUUGCAAUAAUUAGUUGUUUUCAUGUUCUCGGGUUAACAUCAAGUCACAUUUGAGACUUUGAAGUUGAGUUGUGUUGCUUAUCUUCCUUA